AUGGCAGACAUGUCUACAAGCUUGAAGCCAAAGGUUCAAGUCCUGCUCUCUGUGGAUUUCGACGCCGUAUCAGGCUUUCUAGGGACGGGUGCUUCAGCCACCACCAAUCUAGCUGAUUAUAGCAGCGGUUUCUUUGCCGCCCAAGUGGGAGUGCCUCGUCUAUUACGACUGUUCAAAAAACAUGGAAUCUCAUCAUCGGUGACUUGGUUUGUACCCGGACAUUCAAUGGAAUCAUUCCCAGAAGAGACCAAGGCCAUUGUCAAUUCGGGUGCGGAGAUCGGUUGCCAUGGAUAUGCACACGAGGGGUCAAGUCAAAUGACAGAGUCUCAAGAGAGAGAAGUGAUUGCCAAAUGCGUGCAACUGGCAACCGACUUGACAGGAGAAAAACCCCGUGGUUGGAGAGCUCCGCUAUAUCAAUUGCGCACCCACACAAUUCAAGUUUUGGAAGAAUACGGGUUCUUAUACGAUUCCUCCCUCACUCACCACGACUCGUCAUUGUACUUUGUGCCUCGCAUGUCUGAGCCCACACCCAUUGAUUUCUCGCCUUCCAACUCUGCCUCCACUUGGAUGAAGCCUUUGAGUCUCCCUGCUCCUAGGACCUCUCAAACUCUAGUGGAAAUCCCUUGCAAUUGGUAUAUGGAGGACAUGACGCCGAUGCAAUUCCUCCCAGCUGCAGAGAAUUCGCAUGGGUUCGUCAGUCCAGUGACAAUUGAACAAAAUUGGAAGUCUCGAUUCGAAUUCCUUUAUAGUGAAGCUCUUGAGAAGUCCAUCGAGGAGGGCUGUGAACAAGGUUUUGUCUUCCCUUUGGUGCUACACCCAGACACCAGUGGAAUGGCCCAUGUGGUGGUGCAUGAGUGGCGCCCGCUGCCGACGAUCAGCCCCUGGGGAUUUAUCAAUAGCAGUGUCUCGACCUUCGAACAUCCCGAUGAAGUGGAUGUGGAUUUCAAUGAACUUAACGAAUUGAUCUCCGUGGCUCAAAGUUCCAAAGAAAACACCGACCAACUAUGGUCAUGGCUGCAACAUUUCCCACAACUUGCCGAAAUCACUGCGAACUACAACCUCAAUCUUCCACCCUCCCUCGCACUGUUCCCUGAUAUUUCUCAAUCGGGGCAUGGAGAGUUAUUUGAUUAUUAUCUCCAGCAAGUCUGCCCUCGUACCGCCGCCAGCUCCACAUUGUCGUCACCAUUUGCAUCGGUGAUCUUGCCCUUUUGCCUAUCGGCUUCUCCUACCCUUUUCAAGGCGAUUCAAGCAUUGGGGGCAUGUCAUUGGUCAAGACUCAACCCAGGCUAUGGGCCCAUUGGCCUACGCUAUAAAUCGGAGGCCUUGAGAGACCUUCGCCAGCGUCUUUCAUCCGAGGGGACUUUGACAUGCUCUAUGGAUCCCGAGGUACUCGUGAUCAUGAUCAUGCUAUGUCUUUAUGAGAUAGUAGACAAGUGCGAUACACAAUGGACCAUUCAUCUCAAAGGCGCUAAUGAUUUGAUCCGACUUCGGAGAAAACAACAGACUGCUCUGUCUAAAUCCACAGAGCCGUCUGAUCCCGUCACGGGUUUUGCAGAACAAUUUUUCGCAUUCCAGGAUGUUAUGGGACGCACCGCCUGUGCCAAAGAGGUUCUGUUCGGCACCGAUUAUUGGAAGCCCGAGGAGCGCAGCAUCGAUCUUUGGAUGGGAUGUAGCCCAGAAUUGGUCUCAAUCUUGGCCAAAAUCACAGACAUGAGCCGAACAAGACGGCAAUAUACGUCCGAGGAGGAUAAAUCAUCCUAUUUCCUGCGCGCCGCCUCUCUCGAACGACAACUAGAAGGCUUGGUUCAAGAGGUGGGAGAGGGUGAGGACGAGGUCCUUGCAAUUGUUGCGGAUGCCAAACGUCUAGCCGCAAUGCUCUAUCUGCACUGUGCUCUCUAUGGCUCCGAUCCAACCACACCUUUGGUGAAGAGCUACGUGCGCCAGAUCCUACACCUGAUCUUAAAUCUUCUUGAUCGCGGUUCGACUGCCAAUGUGACAUGGCCAGUCUUUGUGGCAUCUGUAGAGCUUGAUCCAUCUGAUGAUGAACUCAACCCAGACUCAGAGACCGAUUCAGGCUCUGGACGAGCGAUUGUGUUGCGCUCUUUGGCAACGAUGGCUGAUUCAACAAUCUCCAACAUUGCUAGAACACGUGCUGUCAUCACCAAACUAUGGCAGACACGCGAUUCCGAUCUAAUCAAGGGAGCCACUCCCCAAAAUGACUGCAAUGACUGGGAAUGGCAUGUGGUACCUAUCAGCAACGCCAUGAGCUUGGCGUGA